AUACGUCAGGAACUGUCCUCUCUAAUUAUAAAUUGAGUUGGCAAAACAUGUAAACCUUGGUUGUAUUAUGCCCAUUUAAACCAAAUUGGGCAAUCAUGGCUGAGGAAACUUUUAUUCUCAUUUUAUUAGUUUUGGUUAUGCUUGUUGGCUCAUACUUGGCCGGUAGCAUUCCGAUGCUGAUGAAGUUGAGUGAGGAAAAACUUAAAUGUGUCACUGUGCUUGGCGCUGGCUUAUUAGUUGGUACUGCUUUGGCUGUAAUUAUACCGGAAGGUAUUCGUUCGCUAUAUGAUGGUAGUGGACGCCAACAUCUGACACCUGGCCCGGAGCUUCAAGAUUACUCACAAACUAUUGGACUUUCUCUUGUGCUUGGUUUUGUCUUUAUGAUGUUGGUGGACGUAUCACAAAGAAAGAGCAAUAUUGGAGGAGACAAGAAAAAUGGUGCCACGCUUACCCUUGGAUUGGUAGUUCAUGCUGCAGCUGACGGGGUGGCUUUGGGAGCAGCAGCCACAACAAGCCAUCAGGACGUAGAGAUAAUUGUAUUUUUAGCUAUAAUGCUUCAUAAGGCGCCAGCAGCGUUUGGCUUAGUUACUUUCCUAUUGCACGAGAAAGUGGACAGACAACAAAUUCGUCGACAUCUAGCCGUGUUUUCCUUAUCGGCACCCCUUUUAACAGUUCUAACGUAUUUUGGUAUCGGCCAAGAACAGAAGGAAACGUUAAAUUCAGUUAAUGCUACUGGCAUUGCUAUGCUAUUUUCGGCCGGAACUUUUUUGUACGUUGCCACCGUGCAUGUUCUGCCAGAACUCACUCAGGGAGGGUGCGAUUCCCAUGAUUAUCGUUUACUAGAGGAAUCUCGAGAUAUUGCUACUAAUGAUACAAAUGCAGGCAACAGUAUACAAUCCUUAAAAUAUAGUGAAUUGGUCAUUUUAAUAUGUGGGGCGCUGCUGCCACUUAUCAUAACAUUUGGACAUAAGCAUUAGGAUAAGCAUACCCACAUUCCUGAUAAAAAAAUGUAAAGGUUAAGGGAGAAUAUGCAAUAUAAUUUGUGUUUUAAUUGUAAAGCAGGUAACAUAAUAAAUAAUUUUUUCAUUGA